UAAAUGUAGAAAAAAAUUUAUUAUAAUUUGAAUGAGUGAUAAUAGCUACGAGUUUAAAAGCAUUAGCUCUUACCUAUUAUAACUGUGAGUGCUCUUAUAUGUUGUAGUAACACUCAUUCCUAUUGAAUUUUGUUUUUGUGUCCGUUGCAUUCUAAUUCCCCUCCCUCCAAAAUCCAAGAAUAAUUUUCCAAUUCGGAGACAGGAAUUGGAAUCGCAAGCCCUAGCAUCUCCCAUGUAAAGUGAAAACUGUCGAAUUUUUCCUUGAGAAUGGUGAUUUAUCGAGCAAGUUCAUGGCUUUCCAGAGCCUUCUCCACUGUUUCUUCACACCCUCUACGUGUAUGUAUUGUUGGAAGUGGACCAGCUGGUUUCUACACGGCUGAGAAGAUGCUGAAAGCACACCAAGAAGCACAGGUUGAUAUUGUUGACCGCUUGCCCACACCUUUUGGAUUAGUCCGCUCCGGCGUAGCACCUGAUCAUCCUGAAACUAAGGUUGUAGUCAAUCAGUUUUCACGUGUUGCUCAACAUGAAAGAUGCUCUUUCUUUGGAAAUGUCUUUCUUGGAUCGUCCAUUUCUCUCUGUGAGCUUCGCAAGCUGUAUGACGUGGUUGUGCUUGCCUAUGGUGCCGAAAGUGAUAGAGUUCUUGGCAUUCCAGGAGAAGAUUUGGCCGGGAUAUACUCAGCAAGAGAAUUUGUUUGGUGGUAUAAUGGUCAUCCAGAUUGUGUAGGCCUUAAUCCUGACUUAAAAAGCACUGAUACUGCUGUAAUUCUUGGCCAGGGUAAUGUCGCUCUUGAUGUUGCACGUAUUCUUUUAAGACCAACUGCAGAAUUGGCGACAACUGACAUUGCAAGCCAUGCAUUGGCUGCUCUCAAGGAGAGCAAUAUAAGGAAGGUGUACUUGGUUGGUAGACGUGGACCAGUCCAAGCAGCUUGUACCACUAAAGAGCUUCGUGAACUUCUUGGUAUUAGAGAUCUGUAUGUUCAUAUACAGAAAGAAGAUCUUCAUAAAACCCCAGUAGAUGAGGAAGAGCUGAAGAAUAAUCGAAUUCAGAGAAGGAUUUAUGAGUUGCUUUCUAAGGCAGUCACCACAGGACCUUCUCACCCCAGUCCAGGACAACGCGAGCUACACUUUGUCUUUUUUCGGAAACCUGAUAGGUUUCUACAAUCACAUGAAAGAAUCAGCCAUGUAGCUGGUGUCCGCCUUGAGAAGACAAGUCUUCAUGGUGUUGAACCUGGAAAACAGAUAGCUGUGGGUACCAAACAAUUUGAAGACCUUGGAUGCGGGAUGGCGCUAAAGAGCAUUGGAUACAAAUCAAAACCAGUUGAUGGCUUACCCUUUGAUAAUCAACAAGGUAUUGUUCCAAACAUCAAAGGUCGAGUUUUGAGUGAUACAAGUACAGAUUCUCAACUGGUCGAGGAAGGUUUGUAUGUAUGUGGGUGGUUGAAGAGAGGACCAAGUGGAAUCAUUGGUACAAACCUCUACUGUGCUGAAGAAACUGUCGCAAGCAUAUCCGAAGAUGUCGAGCAAGGAUUAUUAAAAUCGACUUCUAGGUCGCCCAAGCCGGGAAGAGAGGGUCUUCUUCAGUUGCUGGAUGAUCGUAAUGUCAGAGUUCUACCAUUUACUGCUUGGGAAAAGAUAGAUUCUGAAGAAAGAAGGCGUGGGAGCAUAAAUAACAAGCCCCGGGAAAAACUGGCGACAUGGGAAGAGCUGCUGAAAGUAGCAGGGGAGUAAUUUCAGGCUCCAAUGUACUCUUUUUCGGAUUUUCUUUUUGAACUAGAAGAAGAGUUCUUAGUCUUAUUCAUUUAAGUUUAUUUUUGUGAUUCUUCUUGUUCACUCAUUCCAAUUUUAUGAUGCAUCAAGAUUGAAGAUGUCUAUUUGAGACUAUUUGAGACUAUUAUUUUUAUAGAGAAUAAAAUAAGUAAGAUUUUUACUCGGAA